AUGAGAACUUUGAGAACUAAAGAUCUUCCUCCAGUUAGCAUAUUUGACACGCCUGACUCUGUCAUAAAGGGUAUUUGGGACUGGGAUCAGAGUAUUAGGGACUGGAAUCAAAGUGCUAGAGACUGGGAUCAGAGUGCUAGGGACUACGAUCAGAGUGUUAGGGACUUGGAUCAGAGUGUUAGAUACUGGAAUCAGAGUGUUAGAGACUGGGAUCAGAGUGUUAGAGACUGGGAUCAGAGUGUUAGAUACUGGGAUCAGAGUGUUAGAUACUGGGAUCAGAGUGUUAGAGACUGGGAUCAGAGUGUUAGAGACUGGGAUCAGAGUGUUAGAGACUGGGAUCAGAGUGUUAGAGACUGGGAUCAGAGUGUUAGGGACUGGAAUCAGAGUGUUAGAGACUGGGAUCAGAGUGUUAGAUACUGGGAUCAGAGUGUUAGAGACUGGGAUCAGAGUGUUAGAUACUGGAAUCAGAGUGUUAGAGACUGGGAUCAGAGUGUUAGAGACUGGGAUCAGAGUGUUAGAGACUUGGAUCAGAGUGUUAGAGACUGGGAUCAGAGUGUUAGAGACUGGGAUCAGAGUGUUAGAGACUGGGAUCAGAGUGUUAGAGACUGGGAUCAGAGUGUUAGAGACUUGGAUCAGAGUGUUAGAGACUGGGAUCAGAGUGUUAGAGACUGGGAUCAGAGUGUUAGAUACUGGAAUCAGAGUGUUAGAGACUGGGAUCAGAGUGUUAGAGACUGGGAUCAGAGUGUUAGAGACUGGGAUCAGAGUGUUAGAGACUGGGAUCAGAGUGUUAGAGACUACGAUCAGAGUGUUAGGGACUGGGAUCAGAGUGUUAGAUACUGGAAUCAGAGUGUUAGAGACUGGGAUCAGAGUGUUAGAGACUUGGAUCAGAGUGUUAGAGACUGGGAUCAGAGUGUUAGAGACUUGGAUCAGAGUGUUAGAGACUGGGAUCAGAGUGUUAGAGACUGGGAUCAGAGUGUUAGGGACUGGGAUCAGAGUGUUAGAGACUGGGAUCAGAGUGUUAGGGACUGGGAUCAGAGUGUUAGGGACUGGGAUCAGAGUGUUAGGGACUGGGAUCAGAGUGUUAGAGACUGGGAUCAGAGUGUUAGAUACUGGAAUCAGAGUGUUAGAGACUGGGAUCAGAGUGUUAGAGACUGGGAUCAGAGUGUUAGAGACUUGGAUCAGAGUGUUAGAGACUGGGAUCAGAGUGUUAGAGACUGGGAUCAGAGUGUUAGAGACUGGGAUCAGAGUGUUAGAGACUGGGAUCAGAGUGUUAGAUACUGGAAUCAGAGUGUUAGAGACUGGGAUCAGAGUGUUAGAGACUGGGAUCAGAGUGUUAGAGACUGGGAUCAGAGUGUUAGAGACUGGGAUCAGAGUGUUAGAGACUACGAUCAGAGUGUUAGGGACUGGGAUCAGAGUAGUGCUAGAGACUGGGAUCAGAGUGUUAGAUACUGGAAUCAAAGUGCUAGAGACUGGAAUCAAAGUAUUAGGGACUGGGAUCAGAGUGCUAGAGACUGGAAUCAGAGUGUUAGAUACUGGGAUCAGAGUGCUAGAGACUGGAAUCAAAGUGCUAGAGAUUGGGAUCAGAGUGCUAGGGACUGGAAUCAGAGUAUUAGGGACUGGAAUCAAAGUGUUCGGGACUGGAAUCAAAGUAUUAGGGACUGGAAUCAGAGUGCUAGGGACUGGAAUCAGAGUAUUAGGGACUGGAAUCAAAGUGUUCGGGACUGGAAUCAAAGUGUUUUUAUAGACUGGAAUCAGAGUGCUAGGGACUGGAAUCAGAGUAUUAGGGACUGGAAGCAAAGUGUUAGGGACUGGAAUCAAAGUGUUUUAUUAGACUGGAAUCACAGUGUUAGGGACUGGAAUCAGAGUGUUAGAGACUGGGAUCAGAGUGCUAGAGACUGGGAUCAGAGUGCUAGAGACUGGAAUCAGAGUGCUAGGGACUGGAAUCAGAGUGUUAGGGACUGGAAUCAGAGUGUUAGGGACUGGAAUCAAAGUGUUUUUAUAGACUGGAAUCAGAGUGUUAGGGACUGGAAUCAGAGUGUUAGGGACUGGAAUCAGAGUGUUAGAGACUGGGAUCAGAGUGUUAGAGACUGGGAUCAGAGUGUUAGAGACUGGGAUCAGAGUGUUAGAUAUACUGGGAUCAGAGUGUUAGAGACUGGGAUCAAAGUGUUAGAGACUGGGAUCAAAGUGCUAGAGACUGGGAUCAAAGUGCUAGAUACUGGAAUCAGAGUGUUAGAGACUGGGAUCAGAGUGUUAAAGACUGGGAUCAGAGUGUCGUUCGGACUGGGAUCAGAGUGUUAG